AUGAAGCUGCUACUCACAAUCAUUCUCUCGGCCCUGGUUGGCCUAGCAUAUGGUCUCGCAUCUACAGAUACCAUCACCUGGGGAGGCGACAACUCCCGAACAGGCUAUCAAACUAACCAUAACAUGGAUCCCGCCAUCGUAGGAAGCCCUCAAUUCGACAUCGUCUUCAAAACAGCUCUCCCCGGAAAAUACGUCGGCGCCACAGAACAGAUCUUCUCCCAACCUCUCGUCUACACUCCCUCGGGCGGUACAACACAAUACGUUUUUCUCGCGACGACUCAGAAUAAUAUUUAUAAGCUUGAUGCAAAGACUGGUGUUAUUCUUGCAUCGAGAAAUAUCGGCAUUCCAUUCCUUACUGCUGAUUUGGACGGUUGUGUCGAUGUCAAUCCUACCGUGGGAGUCACUGCGACGGGUGUUAUUGAUCCUGAUACGGAUACGUGGUAUAUUACCUCAAAGACUUAUGUGAAUCAGAAUGCUGGUCAGGUCCCGCAGGGAAGACCGGCGGGAAGGUAUAAGAUACACGCUAUCAAUGUCAAUGAUCUUUCGGAGCGACAGAACUUUCCUGUUGAUCUGGAGGGAACGAUUGCGAGGAAUAAUCCAGAGAGGAUGUUCACGGGCGGUAUUCACCAUCAACGACCUGGGCUACUUCACACAGGACAAUAUGUCUACGCUGGCUUCGCAUCGCAUUGUGUGCAGUAUAACUUCACAGGCUGGAUCAUGGGCUGGGAUAAAACCACCGGACAGAUCGUUGAGCACUGGGCCUCUGAAGGUCUUGGAGUGAGUAGUAACAUCUCCGGUGCUGGAAUCUGGCAAUCUGGCGGCGGUCUUGCCUCCGACGACGCAGGAUCAAUGUUCUUCGCUACUGGAAACGGAUACGCUUCUCAACUCUCGACUAUUCCUGUCAAUGGCUUCACGCCCCCGACUGCGAUGGAACAAGCGGCCGUUCACAUGUCCAUCAACGGCGACGGUACUCUUUCGAUUGUGGACUUCUUUAUGCCGUUUGAGAAGCAGGAGCUCGAUGGUGCUGAUAAGGAUCUGGGAACGAGCCCUCUUGAGAUUCUGCCGAGUCAAUUCUCGUGCGGCGAUGUCAAGAGAAUGGGCAUUGUUACUGGAAAGUCUGGAAAGACUUAUUGGCUUAAUAUUGAUGAUCUUGGUGGUUAUCGCAAUGGUCCCAACUCAAAGGAUAGAGUCAUCCAGACUUUUCAAAAUGAGAAUUCUGUGUAUGCGGGCGCGGGUGUAUAUCCUCUUGAAGGAGGCUACAUCUACAUCAACGUGAUCCAAUACCCAACACACGUCUUCAAAUUCUCCUGUCUUAACAACACCCCCUACUUCACAAAAGUCGCCGACUCUCCCACCAACAACGCUUACAUCCUCGGCGUAAGCCACGGCACAACCACAUCCCUAAACAACCAAGAAGGCACAGGUCUUCUCUGGGUAUCCGACGUCCAAAACACCAAUUUCAAGAUCUACGACGCCGUUCCUCAAAACGGCUACCUCAACGUCAUUCGAAACUUCACCAUUGUGGGUAUUACCAAGUUUAGUAGACCUGUGUUCGGUGAUGGUAUGGCGUAUAUUGGAACGACGGUGGGAUACUUUUAUGGUCUUGGGUCGACGAAUAAGUUUCCGCUUAAUUGUACGAGUUCGAUCGAUUUUGGGACGGUGGAUUAUCAGGGGAGUGGUGUGCAGGUUAUUAAUUGUACGGCAGUUUUUGAUCUGAGUGUUACGGGUGUUGCGCUCGCAGAUGGCACGAAUUAUAACAUCAGUCAGAUGCCGAGUCUGUCGUUGUCUAUGUCGGCUGGGGAUAAGUUUCAAUUCGCUGCGCAGUUCGUCCCCAAGAGCGUUGGACGGCUGGGUACUACCAUCAAUAUUCAGACUUCGGGUGUUUCGGAUGCAUCGUAUAGCAAGUCUGUCAAGGUCAGGCUGACGGGCGUUGGCAAGAGUUCGAAUGCUUUGUUGGAUAUCAGCCCAAAGUCUGUGGUGUUCACUGGCCUCGUCACCGGUACUCAAGCUGAAUCGCAGAGCGUCCUCAUUGGGAACGAUGGGUCCAGCGAUCUUCAGGUAUCCUCGGUUCUAUAUUCCAAUGCCUCUUCAUCUGGUCCCUUUACUACCUGGUCUGGCGCAGGUAGUCUCACCGUCGGCAAGUUCACAUUGACUGGUAUCCCAAGUACAGUCCCUGGAGGAAACGACACUGCCAUCUCUGUCAAGCCUGAUACUUCUGUUACUGGUAACUACACGGCUUGGGUCAAGUUCGUCACCACCGGAGGCAACGCGACUGUAUCGCUAUCCGCAGCAGCAGGUGAUCCGCCAACAGCCCUUCUCGAGUUCCAAACACCAGACGGAAGUGGCUGGGUCAAAUACGAUCCAAAUAAUCCCUUCACAUUCGGAAACGUUACAGAGAAUACUUCCCGUUCUUUAAAAUUCCGUGUUACAAACACCGCUGCUCCCGGUGGUGUCAAGCUCGGUCUCACAGUCUCAAAACCACCCUUCGGCGUUCCAGGCAUCAUCAAAUCAGCAAACCAGAUUGAUCUCGCCGAGGGAACAUUAAUCGCCCCAGGUCAAAGUCAAACCGCGACUCUGACCUGCACCGUCCCCAAAAGUCAAUGGAACCUCCCAUCAUACAACGGCACCGCCCAAUGGACUAUUAACACCAACGAUCCAACAUGGUCUUUCGAAAAACGCGCAGUUCAGUUCUUCUGCAACGCCGUCUCUGAACAAGCAGCACCUCUUCUCCCCAACGGUCAAGGACGCUAUCAAUACGUCGGCUGCUUUAAAGAGAAUAACCCCGGUCGUCAACUCUCCAACCAACUGUACGCCAAUAGCUCCAACACCAAUGAGAUGUGCAUCAACACCUGUGGUUCAGAAGGUCUAGCAUUCUGCGGAACGCAAUACCGAAGUGAAUGCUGGGCGGGUAACAAGAUCCCCACACAGAAAGUCGACGAUAAGAACUGCAACUUCGACUGCGCGGGAAGUCUGAACCAGAUUUGCGGUGGAAAUGGCAUUGAUGGCAGUGGAGCUUAUAUCAGUCUUUUCGCUGAUACGCUUCAAUGGGACGGUUCGUAUGCGAGUGUUACUACGAGUAGUAGUGCCAGCGCUGCGACGCCCCAAGGACCGUCUGUGAAUCCUGGUGUUGGUGGGUAUACGAGUAUCGGGUGUUAUACUGAGGCUACUAAUGGCCGAGCACUUCCUAACGGAAGGAGUAAUAAUCCUCCUACUGUUGCGAAUUGUGUUCAGGCUUGUAGUAAUGAGAACUUUGUUUAUGCUGGUGUUGAGUAUGGUGGAGAGUGUUACUGUGGUAAUGGCUUCACAGAUGGAUCGGUGUCUGCCCCUAUCACUGAUUGCGGCAUGCUUUGCAACGGCAACUCGAGCGAAUACUGUGGUGGUCCAAGUCGUCUUAACGUCUACGAACUCAAUGCAGUCUACAGUAGUUCAUUGUCAACUUCGAUGGCAGCUUUAUCGUCGACCAGCAGUGUGGGCUCUUCAGUAGCUACCUCUUCGAGCGCUGCUCUCUCGGUAUCUAGCUCUGCCCCAAUUGUCUCCAUCAGCAGCGUGGGCACAUCCAGUUCCUCGAACGCCCAGCUCUCGUCCUCGGCUUCAACCGGCGGAGGCUCUUCUAGUGGCGUAUCAACUUCCGGAAGCUCGACUUCAAACGUCGCUUCAACUAGCACAAGUUCAAAAGGCAGUACAACUUCAGCUCCCGCCUCAAGCAGUACAUCGGCAAGCUCUUCCACGAGCUCCUUCAGCACUUCACUCAGUGUGUUUCGUAAUAUCGCUGGUGGCCUCAGCAGCGCCUCGACUUCCACGUCUAGUGCUGCGCAAACGUCCUCUUCUGCAACAAGCAGUGCGACGAGUCUCUCAAGCUCUGGUAGCUCAAGCAGUUCGGCGAUCAGCUCUUCCACAAGCAGCGUUAGCUCUGGCUUGCGGUUUACGACCUCGAGUUCAACAACUUCGAGCUUUGUUGGCUCAAGUUCGUCCACGGUAUCCUCCAGCACGAGCUCCAGCACCUCAACAACGUGGACAACUUUCUCUACGAUCUCUUCCAGUUCACGCGCCUCCACUACGACCACCAGUACAACUUCGUCAAUCUCGAGUUCAGUGUCCUCGAGCGUGGUGUCUUCAAGCACGUUGCCUUCAAUCGUAUCGAGCGCUCCGUCUCUCAAUGCGCUAUCGUCGGCGACGACGUCUUCUACAGUCAGUCGCCCGUCAUCUGCUACGACAUCAUCGGGUGUCUCGAUCGUUUCUUCGUUGAGUUCUCUGGGUGCGGGAGGUCCAGUUGGUCUAUCAUCCGUAUCCAGCGUCACUACUGCUACCACUACAUCUCGUUCCACCUCAGUCAUAUCUUCAUAUACGACGUCUACAACAAGUUGUUCCUCGAUUACAACCUCUCGGUCCACUUCUACAAGCACUACUAGCUCCAGCACUUCAACGAUCACCAGCUCUGCAAGCUUAAGGGUCUCCUCUACCACUACCAGCACCACGUCAACGUCCAUCAAACCCACCGCCACAGGUCCUUCAAUCUCCGACACAGUUGGAACAUGGGCCUUCCAAGGUUGUUGGACAGAAGGUUUCCUCAUCCGCGCCCUCAACUCCAAGGCCACCGCCAACGAUGACAUGACACUCGAAAGCUGCGCUAGCUUCUGUAGUGGUUUCACGUAUUUCGGUACCGAGAACAGUCGAGAGUGCUACUGUGGCAAUCAGCUGAACUUCGGAAGUAUCCAAGCCCUCAACCAGAAAGAUUGCUCUGCUACCUGUGCGGGAGACAAAACAGAUUACUGUGGUGGAACACUUCGCCUACAGCUUUAUAAGACUGGUGCCAAGACAACUACUACCCCAUCGGUGGACCAAGGCAACAAGAACUUCACAAGCUACUCAUGCGUUUCAGAGCCUUUCCUCGGUCGUCUACUUCCACAGCUGGUGAUGAACGACGCCAACUCCAUGACAAUCGAUACAUGUCUCGAGAAAUGCUGGAUGUACAAAUACGCCGGUGUCGAGAACGGUCGCGAAUGUUGGUGCGGCAAUACCAUCAAUUGGCAGGGUCUUCUACCAACUUUUGGUCAGGGUAAGAAUGUUUCUAUGACGGAUUGUAACAUCGGCUGUCCUGGAAAUAAUCUUGCGUAUUGUGGCGGUUUGGCGAGGAUGAACUUGUAUAUUAAUAAGUCGUCGGCUUUGGCGUUUCUGAAGAAGCAUAGGAGACGGCAUGCGAAAGGAUUUUGA